AUGGAGAUCUGCGAACAGAAGAUUAACAUUCCAGAUGAAACUGUGAAGGAAAAAUCUACAGUGACAUAUGGAGGAGAUAUACCAACAACGAAAUGGGCGUCUAUUCUUUAUCCAAGUUGGAAAACGAUCCCAGUAGUGUGGUAUCCUGUGUUUAUUUGUUCAUGUGUGCUUUCAGUCUUAGUGGAUCCCUUGUUCUUAUACAUCCCCAUUGUUAACGAAGAUAACAAGUGUCUCGGAUUGGACAAAAAGUUAAAGAAAGUUGUUCUUAUUCUGCGAUCACUCACAGAUGUAUUCUACAUGGUGCAUAUUAUUUUCCAAUAUUUUUAUGGUCAAACCGUAUGGGAGAAGAAAAUUAAGUGGGUUUUCCCAUUAACGAGGAAGAUUUCCCGCUCAUGCAUCCUAAUUUGUUUCUUGAUAAUUGACAUUUUAGCGAUUCUGCCAAUUCCCCAGGUAGUAAUUUUCAUUUUUUUGACAAAAAUGAAGGGCCCGACAUCUUUGAUUCUAAACUUUCUUAUUUUAUUUCAAUUCCUACCACGAGUUCUUUGCAUUUACUUUGCAACCCAAGAACUUUACUUAUUUCCAAGAGGAAAAUGGGUUAAAAGUAUUUACCAAUCCUUUGCGAUCAUCGUCGUAAGUCAUGUAUUUGGAGCUCUUUGGUACUUUUUCUCUAUACAAAGAGAGACAGCUUGCUGGCAAUACGCGUGUCAAAGUAAAAAUGGGUGUGAAGUUAAUAGUUUUGACUGUGAUGAUGAUCGUACAUUGAGAAAUAUCAUACUUUUAAGUGAAUUGUGUCCUAUAAAUCCAUCAAAUGCAACUGUCUUCAACUUUGGUAUAUUUCUUGAUUCUCUUCAAUCUGGUAUGGUGGGGACAACUGAUUUUCGACCAAAAUUGCUGCACUAUUUCUGGUGGGGCUUGCGGAAUCUAAGUUCUUUUGGUCAAAAUCUUCAGACCAGCAACCAUGCAUGGGAGAAUCUCUUCGCGAUUUUUAUUUCUUUAACUGGCAUGCUACUAUUUUUAAUAUAUCUUCAAGGAAUUUUGCAGGCAUGGUCUAGGCCUCUAGCAAUAGGAUUUGAAUUCUCACUUCCGAGCUUUUCAGUGUUUUAUGGACUUGGUCUUAUUUUGAAAUUAUGUACGGCUCUUCAGUCACCUCUGAAGCUACUGAACAAAGGGCUUUGCCAGAAUUCGGAGUGGCAGGGUCUGAAAGCUGAAGAACAUACUGCCAGAGAGACCAUAUUCAAUUUAGGGGGGUAA